AUAGUUAUUAUUAUAUGUGAUCAAUAACAUCUGGAUGAGAAGAGCGAGACAAAGAGUCUUUUACUCUGAAGGCGUUACCGGACGUGCUCUCUAACAUGACUGGCUUGUGGCACGGAGCUGUCAGUGGAGCAGCUCAGUGGUGUGUACAGUCAGGGAAGCCCUCGCUCUCACACACACACACACACUCUCUCACGCACACACACACUCCGUAGGUCCGGUGUCUCCGGUGAGCACCGCCGCUCCGCUCUCUGCUGGCUCCACACCCCGAGUCCGAGCGCGUCUCCUCCGCCUGAGAAGCAGCAGCAGCAGCAGCAACACGUCCGGACAGGGGAUCGAACCAGGCUGUAUCGUUGAUCGAGCACCAGCGGGGGGACAUGGCCGAUGGAAGUUUCAACGAGUCGUCCACCGGGGAAGUAGCGAAUCGCUUCGCCCGCAAAGGAGCGCUGAGGCAGAAGAACGUCCACGAGGUGAAGGACCACAAGUUCAUCGCUCGGUUCUUCAAGCAGCCGACUUUCUGCAGCCACUGCACCGACUUCAUCUGGGGAUUCGGAAAACAAGGAUUCCAGUGCCAAGUCUGCUGUUUCGUGGUCCACAAGAGGUGCCAUGAAUUGGUCACGUUCUGCUGCCCGGGGGCAGAUAAAGGGCCUGACACAGACGAUCCCAGAACGAAACACAAGUUUAAGAUCCACACCUAUGGGAGCCCCACCUUCUGUGACCACUGUGGCUCUCUGCUCUACGGCCUCAUCCACCAGGGCAUGAAAUGUGACACCUGUGACAUGAACGUCCAUAAUACGUGUGUUAUGAACGUGCCCAGCAUGUGUGGAACGGACCACACCGAGAGGAGGGGCCGUCUUUUCCUCAAGUGCGAGGUCACCGAGGAUAAGCUGCAGGUCACAGUGGGUGAAGGUAAAAACAUGAUCCCCAUGGACCCCAACGGCCUGUCUGACCCGUAUGUCAAGCUGAAGCUCAUACCAGACCCCAAAAAUGAGACCAAGCAGAAGACCAAAACCAUCCGCUCCAACCUCAACCCCAAGUGGAACGAGUCCUUUAAGUUCAAGCUGAAACCCACAGAUAAGGACCGCAGGCUGUCGGUGGAGGUGUGGGACUGGGACCGAACCACCAGGAAUGACUUCAUGGGAGCCCUUUCUUUCGGAGUGUCCGAGCUCAUGAAGGCUCCAGUCUGUGGCUGGUAUAAGUUGUUGUGCCAGGAGGAGGGGGAAUACUACAACGUUCCCAUCUCAGAGGAGGAUGAUGGUAAUGAGGAACUGAGGCAGAAAUUUGAGGACAAAGCAGAUUGGGCAGACUCUGAUCAGAAGGCCAAACUAGGCCCAGGUAAGAAGCUGAUUGACGAGACGGACGACACCAACCCCGACCGCCUGCCGUUCAACAGCCUGGACCACGUCAAACUCGACGACUUCACCUUCCUGGCCGUGCUGGGGAAGGGCAGCUUUGGCAAGGUCAUGCUGGCAGAGAUGAGGAACACUGAAGAGCUGUACGCCAUCAAGAUCCUGAAGAAGGACGUGGUGAUCCAGGACGACGACGUGGAAUGUACCAUGGUGGAGAAGAGAGUUCUGGCCCAACAGGACAAGCCGCCCUUCCUCACACAGCUGCACUCGUGCUUCCAGACUGUGGAUCGUCUCUACUUUGUCAUGGAGUAUGUGAAUGGGGGAGACCUCAUGUACCACAUCCAACAAGUGGGGAAGUUCAAGGAACCUCAGGCAGUGUUCUACGCCGCAGAGAUCGCUGCCGGUCUCUUCUUCCUGCACAAUAAAGGAAUUAUCUACAGGGAUCUCAAGUUGGACAAUGUGAUGCUGGACUGUGAGGGACACAUUAAGAUCGCAGACUUCGGCAUGUGCAAAGAGAAGAUUUCAGAGGGAGUGACUACGCGCACCUUCUGCGGCACUCCAGACUACAUAGCCCCGGAGAUCAUCGCAUAUCAACCAUAUGGACGCUCUGUAGACUGGUGGGCGUACGGAGUGCUGCUCUACGAAAUGCUUGCAGGACAGCCUCCAUUUGAUGGCGAGGAUGAGGAUGAGUUGUUCCAGUCUAUAAUGGAGCACAACGUGUCAUACCCCAAGUCCCUGUCCAAAGAAGCUGUCUCCAUCUGCAAAGGGCUGAUGACCAAGCACCCGUCCAAGCGCCUGGGCUGCAGCGCUGAGGGAGAGCGGGACAUCAGAGAACAUGCCUUCUUCAGACGCAUCGACUGGGAACGCCUCCAGAACCGAGAGAUACAGCCGCCCUUCAAGCCCAAAGUGUGCGGCAAAGGAGCAGAGAACUUCGACAAGUUCUUCACACGCACUCAGACCCAGCUCACACCAUCGGAUGAGCUGGUCAUCGCCAACAUCGACCAGGCCGAGUUUUCAGGGUUCUCGUUCAUCAACCCGCAGUUUGUAAAUCCGAUGCUCAACAGCGUCGAUUGAGGAAGGCAAGGGAAACAUCCCGGAAGGAUCUCCCUGCCCACUGCCAACCACUUAAACCAACCGCCAAUCCGACAUCUGACCACAACUUGAUGAAGUCCCAUUUUGUCUAUUUGUUUUGUUCAUAAACAGGAACUUAAGACAAAAGGCAAAUUUGAUCUGUACAAUUAUCUUUGCCAGUAUAGUUUAUGUAGAUUAGAUGGUUUCUGGCCACUACAAGAAAUGGUUUCCUUUAGUUUCACGACUGAUAUGUACUGUAGACCAGGUUCCCCUUCCUUAACCCUGCAGGUUACGUUGAAGGUUUCCCACAACUGGAGCCACUUUGACAGAGGAAUGUCCAGCUUUAGUUGUCUAUGCCAGUAUAUGAUUCAUUUAAGAUAUAAUAGCAUUUAAGACGUGGAUAAUUCUGUGCACAAAUUCAUCCUUACAAAUCUCAAUAGAUUAUCAUUAUAAUCUGCAUUUCUAGUUAACAGUUUGACCCUAUGUGGAUAAUCAUCACAAUUGAGAACUGACUGUAUGUAAUGAGUGGAAAAAGUCCCAUAUAAUGCACUGUAGUAGACGCCAUAGCCAAAUAUGAAGGAUAGCUGGUGCAGGAGUGGAAACAGACCCUUGUGAUUCAAUGGUUUCCUGAUUCAAUGUUUACAGUUUUCUUCCCCUUUGAUACACGGUGAUGGUGUAAACAUUUGUUGAUUCCCGCCAGUCUAAUUUUUUAAGUGUGAGUAGCAAAUCCUCUAAAGAAUGAAGAGUUAAUAUUUAAAUGAUACGCAGCCUGUAAUAGAAAAGCAAAUAUGUGAGACCCAUUGAGUCGUCUUCAGUUUAUCAAAUUAAUCAUUGAGAAGAAUGAUUCAUUUAUCUCUUUCCUAGCCCUCACUGAGCUGCAGAGUUUACACUUACAUUAUCAAUCGUUUUAUGGACACUAUGUGGACACACAUGAACCGGUUCAGUCUGUGGGCGGUGGCGGUUUGUACAAUAGGAAAUCAGAGCUAGAAAGUUUACGGUUUGUCAUGUUUGACACUAGCGAGUGUUGCCCCUGUCCCUCUCCUGCCCACGACUACAGAAUCCUACGUAUGAUCAUAAACGUGCGAGGAAAACACUCCCGCACACUGUGUUACUUACAGUGCUAUAGUUAUUUGUGAUAUAAAUAUAAAUAUUAUUCUCUGUAUUAGAAACCAUAUGCCUCGUGAAGAUCUAACACCAAAAUAUCACAAGUAUGUCCAAGUAAGAUAGUGUGCGGGAGUUUUUGCAACAACGUUUUGGUCACUUUACUUUUUCACCUGCUAGAGAUCUGCAAAUUAUAUUUCUGUUUUUAAUCGGAAAUGUCUUAACAGAAUCAGUACAAGACAUUUUGAUGAACAGUUAUUAUAAUUUUGUUCUAGAAUAUUACAUCAACUAAUAUUAAUGUGUAUUAACCAUGCAACGUUUUCUUGCAUACAGUAUCAUGUCGACAAGCGUAGAUGAAACAAAUGAGUCGAUUUCUUAGACACGGAAGUUGCAAAUUAUGUUGUUUUGUUGUCCUUAGAAAAAACUUUUCCCUCAAUUUGUCAACAUAAUCAUUUAAUCUCAUGUCGAUUAGUUUUUAAUCUCCUCACACAUAUUUUUCCAGAUGAAUAUUUUAAUGUGUCUAAUAUCAGUGUAACUCCUUUGUAAAUAAUCAUGAAUUAUUUAAAAAAAAAGAGUAUAAGAAGUUACAGAUUUUAUACCAACACCUGAAUGUGCUUUUAUUACAUUAAUUAGACAAACCAAUAUUUGUAUGUGUACCAAAAGAUAAUAAUAACUAAACGAAUGCGAAGGUGACACAGUACAGAUCCACCUUUGAACAACUGGAUGUCUUAAAUAAAAUCCAGAUUGAGCAAGUUGUAAAAGUAUCUGUUCGACUGGUAUUACCAGAAUUAAAUUGGAAGGUUUUUAACUGCAGAUUGUGUGUUAGUUGGAUGCGUGUCUGGCUGUUGACUGUUCUUCUGUAUCUGCAUGCUGUUGGUAGGUAUCAUUCAUGCACGUGAUACGCUAAAUGCUGCAUGCUACGAAGUAUGAAACCCCAAAGAGUUCCAACCUUUAAACGACGCUCCACUCCAAGUCAUGUGUUGUUGUUGUUUCGUCGGGCUUGUAGAAGUCGACUUCAAUCGAUGUGGAUUGCAGUGUUUUCCAAUGGUGACGCCCUUUUGCUGUGGGGAAAAGUGUAAAAGCUGUUUGCUCUGGGGGUCGAAAGUACACUGCCUCCAUCUCAUGGCUCUUUACACACCAUGUUAUUUUUAGGUCCUAAUGAAACCUACAGGAAGACAGAGAGAAUAUAAUAGUUCCACAAUGGGUGAAUUUAAAGUUGGCCGUUAGACAUCACAGAUAAAUACCCUAAUGCUGAGUUCACACCAAACGCAAUUACAAUACGUAAAAAGUCGAUAUGAUACAAGAAAGGAAGAUGACACAAAUUUGCAUUGGGACAAGAGUUGAAUUUCCCCUCAUUUGCUUGUCUUCUGCUGGAGUUGGUAUUUUUGCACUUGAGUGAAAAAUGUGUGUCACACGACAGGAAAUCUGCAUUGAAAAUGUAGUUCACCGGUAUCACAUCCGUGCACCGACCCGAGCUGGCAGGUCAUCGAAUAGUUUCUUAAGCUGCGUGUGCGCCUCUGUAUGGUUGUUGAUCCUCAAAUAGGAGCUGGUACAUCAGAUGUUUCCACAUGAGGUACAAAACAGAAACGGUACUUUACUGUAACUUUUGCCGGACGUCCUCCUCUCCACUUUUCCAGAGAACAGGCAAACAUUUAGGGCUUGUGUUCACACGCGAGUAAAGCGGCAGGAAACUCUUUGCGUUUGGUUUGAACCCACCACUAGAAGGCUCAUUUCAGUUUAGAUUGUUAUUGAGUUUGAAAUAACACAAGUGAUUGUAAAACCCUGAAAGUCAGAAAUCUCAGGCGGUUGUGUGAGCUGUGUGUGUGUGAGUGAAAAGUGAACAACAACAUUGAUUUUGCCAAAUACAAAAAGAUCCAGAUUGCGGGGAGUAAAGAGAAAGCAGAAAAGAUAUAUAUUAAAUAUUAUGAAUUGAAAUAGAUACUGAUACUUUAUUCUCCUGAAACCCAGUCGCUGGCUCUAGAGCAGUGCCCCUUUACAAGCCUGAUAUAUAUAUAAAUACAGUAUGUGUCCUGGUUCCCUUUGCCUUUUAGGGCAGCGUAGAACAGUUAAUCCAGAUCCAAAGUGAGUUCCUAGACCAGUGGGACCAGUUGCUCUCCAGUGUCUCAUGAAUGGGGUUUUAUGUUAUAUUCUUAAUGUUGUGUCGUUGUCGAUCUGUUGCCAUUGGUUUUGACCGUUUGUCCUUUUUAAUUUCUCUAGAUCCUGCUCAUGUAAUUCAGGAAUGUUUUAAAACUGAUAUAUCACAUUGGAAAACUCAUAUCUGACUGAUGUAGAUAGGAACUAUUGAAACGUAAUGUUCUCUCCAGGUGUUUUUCUUUCAUAGAGUCACGCUCUCCUGCCGUGUUUCCUGUAAUGUAAAACCUUUUGCAUGUGCCAAACCUGAAAAAUGCCAGAACCCGACAAUAGCAGCGUUGCACUAGCUGUAGUCACGUGGAUGACUCUUUGUGAGAGCUUGUCCCUGUACGACCUGAGACCUGCCUAGAGCCACACAUAGCAUAUACACAGUACAAGCAUGAUGCCAUUAUUAGCGUUCCAUUACUAUAUUCUCCGGUUCUGUUCAAAGUGAUGUAUGAAAAUCAUUUAAGCUUGUGGAGCAUUAAAUUUAGCACCCACAGUGAAUAUUACAUACUCGGACCUAAGUCAGCAACAGCCUCGGGCUCGUCCGGGCCGACCUUUAACCUCCGUGUUCAGACUUAGUCGUCUAAUAACCAUCCCUUUAAUAGAAUCCAGGCUCCUCAAGUCUUCUUGCUUAGAUGUUUUCAAGAUGUCAAGUCACAGUCAACGUGAGCAUGAAAAAAAAACAACAGAUUAAUACUCUCCCAGUGUGUGCCUUUCCCACCUUCACCCCCCUUUUAAUCCUCAUCCUCCUAACGUCUCCAUGUUGCUCCAUCACUCGACUUAAUUGGUUUUAAGUACAAACAACCCUUGUUCCUUUACUCAGUUCUACUCUGUUACUGUUUCAGCUCACCACACGUGAAUCCUCAUGAAUGUAAAUAAAAGAAUCUUUUGAAAAAAAAAAAAAAAAAAUCACCUCUUCACACUUCCUUCACCUUCGUUGUGUGUGUGCAUCAGACUUUUAUGCACAUUUGAUUGAUUGACACCAAUAACCUUCACAGUCUCAUCCCUGUCUGCUUGCUUUACCUUUACCUCCCUGUGCCUAUUAAUGACUGAAUGAUGAAGGUGAUGGAGACAUCCGUCGGCAGUAGACAUUCGAAACAAUGAACAUGUGAUGGUUCAGUGGGAGAUGAUGGUGUCUCGUUUGAAGGACAACCCUCCUGUGCCUCGCCACAUUGAACCGUCCCUCCACUCGUUCGUCUUGUGCGCUCCCCCUUUCACGCCACACCUGCUCUUCCGUCCUUCCUUCAGUGCCUGGGCCCAAAGUCAAUCCCUCGUCUUAUCGUCAGUGUCCUCCUCCUUCUUUCCCUCCUUCAACUCCAUCAGGCCGGGAGGGCUGUUGACUCCUCUUGAGCGAUUCACUCCACACAGUUGGCGUCACUCCUCCCUCCUCCUGCUCCCCCCCCUGUACUGAUUCACACCACAGGACAGGGAUCAGCGAAUUGAUUUGACUUUUUAAUGUCUGUUUUAUUUGCUUCAUCAAUUUUUUUGUUAGUAAGUGAUUAGGACAUUCAAAAGAUUGUGAAGUCAAUCCUUCCGAUGUAUUGAUAUUUGAGAGAGAGAGAGAGAUAUCUAUGAUUGUUUUUCCCCAAAUUUGUUAAUUGCUCCUUUUCUUUAUUUAACAUCUUUCUUCUGUGUAGCAAGUCAUUACUCUCUCCUCUGUGUCCUGUUUGCUGUGAGAUGAGAGAGCUGAAGGGAACUGCCGUCUCUGUGGCUGUACACAGAGCACAGGAUCAGCGAUGUGCAGGAAUGCCUUAUCUCCUAAACCCAAACAUCAGCGCGGUCUCCAACGCUCCUCUCUUCAUUUCAUUCAUAACCUCAGCGUCCCCUGUACGUUGUACAUAAAAUGACUUACAGUAGAUAUAUAGACUGUAAAAGAAAUAUUAUAAUGUAUUUUGCAAAUGGUGUUUGUUUUCUCUCCUCGUCAGCCUGAAAACCUUUCAAAUGAGUCUGAGCUUCUUACCUAGUAACUGAUUGUCUCAUUUGUACCUAAUGUAUGAUAAUGCUAAUAAAAAAAAGAAAAUGACA